AUGAAGUUCUAUCAGACCGAUAGUGCUCUUAGAAAUCAGCAAGCAUCCAUUCAGAACUUGGAAAAUCAGAUUGGGCAGAUUUCUAAGAUAUUGUCUAAAAGGCAACAAGGAGCGCUCCCCAGCACCACUGAGUCUAACUCGAGGGAGCACGUGAACGCCAUCACUUUGUGUUCGGGUAAGUUUGUUUCAACUCCUUCUAAACCUAUUUUUGAUGAUUCCACUAUUGAUGUGCAGGUUGAGGCGAGCAGUAAGGUUAAGGAACUUGAGAGGCAAAAGGUGAAACCAAUCCCAGCCAGGGAGUAUCAACCCAAGAUUCCUUAUCCUGCUAGACUGAAGCAAGUAGAAGCACAAGAGCAGAUGCCAAAGUAUGCCAAGUUCUUGAAGGACAUACUUAACAGCAAAAGCAAGCUAGAGGAGGUAGCAUAUGUUAAGCUCAAUGAAGAGUGCUCAGCAGUGUUUCAAAGCAAGUUACCAGAGAAACAUCACGACCCAGGGAGUUUUACUAUUCCUUGCACUUUGGGUAACUUGUGUGUUGAUGAUGCAUUAGCUGAUUUAGGCGCUAGUGUAAAUGGCAUGCCCACAAGUCAUCUAGACAAAUUGGAGUGGAUGACUGGGCAUCCCAACUCGGUAUGGAGAGCACCUCCUUGGCCAUCUGCUGUACACAUUGGACCGCCUCCUUGCGGUUAUAUGCCUCAAGCCCUAGCUUACAAUGAGCCCACCUUCUCAAUUUGUCAAUGGGGCAGGAAUGUUGCUGCAGAGUCCAGCUAA